AUGAAAACAACAACGAUACUCAACAGUCUAGCUGAAGACAUCAACAACGAUUACAACAAAAGGAACAAAGUCUUCUCUUGUUCACAUUCUUGUCCAAAUACAUCGGUAAUGCGGCUCACUGGAAAGACUAUGAAGGAUUGCUUGAUUCGCUACAGACGACAAUACUCUCGUACAAAGACUUGGCUAGGUGGAACUGGUGCAGGUUUAACUGAAGCAGAACGUCUCCGAGGUAUCAAACUUGAGGAUAACUCCGAUUCCGAUACUUCAGAACCAGUACCUCUUGAUUUAGGUCAACCAUCCACUUCACGGCAACCAUUCAAUCCAUCUGUCAAUUUUGAUCAUUAUCAAAACGCAAACCAUGCGCUAUUAGCUACCAACGAUUAUGAGAGACAUCAGUCAGAGCUAGCUAUCCAGAGAUUCACUCAAUCUUACGCAGACUUUGCACAAGGAUCGCAGCCAACUAUCCCAUAUUCAUGGGAUGACCCUUUUUUUCACCCAAAUAAAGAACAAUCAGCCAAAAUAUGGAAGCAACUGGCUGAGACCGACAGAAGACAAGAAGAAGACUUAAACAACAGAUUUGUUCAAAGCCCAAUCAAGGAUUUGUAUAUUCCACCUCUGCCACCUGCAAUCAUUCCUCCUAACUAUAACGACCGCAUGGUUACAGCAAACUUCUCGCCUAUUCUCUCUCCAACUGACAAUCAUCAAAGAAAUCCUGGGGAACUCGAUGACCUGUGCUUGAAUUUCAACGAUGAAGGAGCACAAGAUGAUGAGGCUCUUGAAAAUGAAAACGAACAAAUUGAAGAAGAAAUGGAACAGAUUCAGAACACGCAACAAACUCAAAAUUCAUCCAAGAGUAAUCAAAAUUUGCCCAAGAAGAGGAGCCGAGCUAAGCAACCUUCUUUCGAAAACGAUAGUGAUGCUUCGGAACUUGCUGUACCUUCCAAGAAAAAGGGGAGGUCAAUCCAAUCUCGCAAGUCGGCCGGCCCCGGCAAAACCAUUGCAUCUCGCCAAAUGGAUCCACUUCCGGCUAUCGAUCCUUCGACAGUGCAUAGCAAAGACAUCAAGAACCCCAUCGCAUUGGCUUUAAUGAGCAGCAGCCAGGCCAGAGCUAAGGAGAUGAAGGCCAUUAAUGAGUCGCGCCAGAAAUCUGAGCUGGCCAAGAGCACAGAUGCUCAUGCUCGAUUAACUUGGGAAAAGUAUGCAUUCAAGAUGGGAUGUUUGGACGAAAGCAACCGUAUCUCAGCCGAGAAUGCUCGAUCAGAACUAUCAGCACGUGCAAAACUAGCUCAAGAGCUUGCCUUAGGUGGUAAAACCCCUGAAGAGGUUGAAAAAUACCUCAAGGUGGUAUUUCCUCCGUCUGCACCUGUUGCACCUCCGGCGCAACACUGA